UCUCAGUCAGUCAGCCAGUCAGUCAGACUGCUAUCUUUAAUACAGAGACGUAACAAUUUUUGCUUUGAAAUUUACAUGAAUCACAAAUCAUCCCUGUCAUAUGAAUCCAGACACAUCACAGUUUGAAGAAAAAAAGGUGCCCCAAAUGAAGAAGUUUGCCACAGAUACAUGAAUUAUAAUACUGUUUGGAACUGAAAGACAACAAGAUUCCACCUUCUGGAGCAUAGAUUUCAUGGAUUCAAAUUCCAACAUUGUGGUUGUAACUGGUUUUGGCCCCUUUAGACAAUACCUGGUUAAUUCUAGCUGGGAAGCAGUGAAGGAGCUGUCCAAGAGAGGCCUUGGUAAAAACAUAGAUCUCCAUAUCAUGCAGCUGCCGGUUGUUUACCAAAAAGCAAAGGAGCAAGUCUUCAAGAUAUGGAAAACUCUUCAGCCACUGCUUACUGUUCACGUUGGGCUGGCUUCAUCCGCCAAAGCAAUCAUCAUCCUUGAGCAGUGUGGGAAGAACAAAGGCUACCAAGAGAUGGAUGCUUGUGGUUUUCGCCCAGAAGGUGACUGUUGCAUACUAGAUGGCCCAGAAAAGAUUGAAUCUACAAUUAAUAUGAAGACUCUCUGGAAAAACAUUUCAGUGGAAGGGAUUGAUAUAAUCUUUUCCAGAGAUGCAGGAAGGUAUAUCUGCGAUUAUACCUACUACACUUCUCUGUAUUAUGGCAAUGGAAGAGCAGCCUUCAUUCAUGUGCCUCCACUAUCCAAAUUGGUAACAGUGGACCUUCUAGGAAGAGCAUUACAGACAGUUAUCUUAGAAAUGUUAAAACAGUGUGGGGAAGAAAGAGAGUAAGAUGGAUCAUAUAAGAAAAAAAUGGGGAUUUCUUAGAAUGCAGUUCCUUUCUCUCUUAAAUGAAGCAUAUCUAAAGAUUAUUUAAAAACCUUACAGAAAGGAUUUUAUAUUCCAUGUCGAAUGAAAUUUCCUUACAAAACCCAAGCAACUGUCAAGAUCUUUGUAGUGCAAAAAGCUUGAGAGAAAAAAUGAAUGAAUGGCAGCCUGUAGUGCUAACAAUGAUAAGGUUGCUUCAGAUUUAAGAAGGCGUGAAACUGGACUUAAAACAUUUUAGCUGCUUAAUCCCAGUUCUGAUGGUUAGAAAGACAUUAAUAAAGACUUACUGAACCAAGACGGGUGCUUACAGCCGUAAGGACAUUCAGCAUUGGAUGGACAGAAUAGGGGUCCCCUCAGCCCCUGCCGAAGUCCAGAGAGAUCGUUCAGCCGUACAACGUGCCCACAUAAAAAAUGUAAAUAUGGGGGGAAACAAAACACACAUACGGAUCCUGUUAUGUGAAGUGUUGUAAUUAUCUCUUACUGACCUGCUCUAAAUGCUGGUUUCCACAUCAGAAAUAGGCUAUGAACCCAGGGUGACUUAAAGUGAACAACAAGCUGGAAUCUAGCAGGAACUGUAAUGCUAUUAGUAAUUCGGGCUUCAGCUGCCUGAAAACACCGCUUGCCCCAAACGCUCAGUGCCUGUCCCAAAGGAGGAUACCGUAGUCCUUCCACAGAGCACAGCACAAAGACAACGGUCUUUCAGUAGGACAUGUCAUGGCUAUUCAGGGGCUUACACAUCAAAAUCAAAAAGCUAACUUAUCCCAAGAAAGGCAACUGUUGAAGCCCUGUGCUGUGGCACAUUGUUACUUACAAAACAGGAACCAAAUGAGACCCCAAAUUGUAAAACUCUGAAUCAGACAGUGACACAUCACUUCUGUGCUUCCCCCAUAUCUUAAAUACAGCUAUGUAGAGAAGGACAAUGCCAUGAAAGCUGGGUAUGACAGAGGUUUACCACACGUCCCCUUUAGCACACAGGGAAUGUCAAUGCACGCUCCCCUCAAUAAUCUUGCUAGUACCAUGACAGACAAGGACGAGAUAAAAUUAGCAGGUAUUUUUCAGAAAGAGUCACUAGAACAGGACAGCAGCAGCUUAAUCUGGACACCUGGGAUUCCUCCAGGGCAACAAAAGCCCAUUCCUCAAGCAUCACAUCAUUAAAAAGGACAACAGACAAACCUAACAGCAUGGGUACAUGAUGAAGCUUUGGGCCACCAUCGUGCCUUGUUUUAGUCAACACUUCGAUGACAAAAGUCAGAGGAACUGGAAAUGCUGAAAUAAUGCUAGUUUUCUUGCCACUGUCUUUUCCAGUGACACUUACAGAAAACUGAUAACCACAUGCUAGAUGGCUGAAUGCCUCAUCUAUGGAUUGCUGUAAGGGGAAAAAUAACUAUGGGACAGAGGCAAGAGAAGAUAAUGGGACCUAAACUACACAAGCAAAAAGCACUACAAACUUUUUAAAAUCUCCAGUCAAAACUAGCAAUCAGUAUAUUUUAAUUCUUUGUUCUUACUCAAAAGAUUUAAACAUUUCCAUCCCAGAACCACCUCUUCACUGCCAUUAUUUGUUUGGAUCAGUGCUAAACAAAGGCUUAGAUGCUGUUAACUAAUGUAAGAUGAGCAACUGGUAUGAAUCCUUGGUUGUAGACUGUCUGAUGGCCCCCUCCUUCCCCUUUCAGCAAGGCUUCUGCAACUGAACAAACAAGCUUACUCAUUUUCUUUUGUUCUGAGGUUUGGUCUAUGAUUUAAGCAACGAGCUUGUACGCGUACAGGUUUCCAUAGCUGCCAAGACUUAAAUAUUUGCUAGCCAAGCCACUGGCCCCAGCUACAUGCUUUCCACCCAGCCCCAUGGAAAUGGCAUAGUGGGUUUGUUGUUUGUUUUGGUUUGGGUUUGUUGUUGUUUUUUUUUACCAGGGGUGUGAAGUGCAGCCCAGGGCGCUCUCCACAAGGGCUUCUUCAUCAGGAAGGCGAAGAGCUGGGGUUUGCUGGAGCCAGGUGUUCAAUGGCCACCCUAAGAAUGCCUGGCAUCACCAGCUGCAACUGGUAUAGCUCUUGUUCACGGGAUGGAAGGGUUAAAAUAGUCUUUUUAAAAAUCAGUGACCCAAAAGCCUCGUGUCUGCUGUUGUACCCAACAAAUAAAAAAAUAAUAAAAAUCAACGUAUGUAUGUGUCUAUGUGUCUGUGUGGGGAGUGUGUGUGGGGAUGGGUGGGUGGAUGUGUGCCACAACCAAAACAAGCGGGAAGGGAAGGAGCGGUAGGACCCUUGUACAACAAUGAAUAUAAACACUGAACAAGAAUGUACUAAAUAUUUAACCUUUUUUCUGACCUGAGUUUGUAUCAUGCCUUGCACUGUAAGAGACUCGCAUGCUGUCUGGGCAGAGGUUAGUGGGAAGGAAGGAAAACCAGGGUUUAAAAACACCACACCACAGCACUGCUAGAGUGUUUCCAUGCGGGGUGUCCCUUCUUUCUCCAUGUGCCCCUCAAAAGCCCUGUAGCCCACACAGCCAAGAUGUUGUAAAACAACUAAUGGG